AUGGGUGAAGAAUCCUUAACUACAGUCCCAUUUGACAGAACCGUUGAACAGGCAAUUCUGGCUAUGAAGAAGGGUGCACAUCUUCUGAAGUGUGGAAGAAGAGGGAAGCCCAAGUUCUGUCCGUUCAGGCUUUCCACGGAUGAGAAGUACUUGAUUUGGUAUUCCGGAAAGGAGGAGAAACAAUUGAGAUUGAGCUCAGUUAUGAAGAUUGUCACCGGGCAGAGGACUAGGCAACUUCAACCAGAUAAAGAGAAUCAAACGUUUUCACUUAUCUAUACAAAUGGUGAUCACUCUCGUUCGCUUGAUCUGAUAUGCAAGGACAAAGCGCAGGCUGAUUCUUGGUUUAUAGGCUUAAGGGCCGUGAUAUCCAGGUGUCAUCGUUCUAGGCCUAUUUGUGUCCUGAAGAACAACAAAGGAGCACAAAGUUGUGUAAAUAGUCCGGCUGGCUUUAUCAGAAGAAAGCAUAAUCUAGGAAUUCUGGAUGAUGACACUGAAUUGUCACAGGUGCGUAGCUUAUGUGGAAGUCCUAAGCAGUCACUUUCAGACAGGGUUUUUUCCGAUGGAUUGUCUCUUUCUUCUGAUAGCCUUUGUUUCUCAGAAUCAAGUCUUCCACAGUCACAAAAUGUGGAGAAUAUCUUAAUUCCAUACAUACCAAAUGUUGAACCACCAAUUCUCAAGAAGAAUGGAUCUGAUAAUGCAUUCUCAGAGUUCCAAAAGAAUAUUUGUCAUAGAAUUAUUGGAGUAGAAGGAGGAAGUAUAGGGUGUGGAGGCAACUGGUUUGGUUAUCACAAUACAUUGCAAGUGGAUGCUUUAUUGCCAAAAUUGCUUGAAUCCACCGUGAUGUUAGAUGUAAGAAAUAUAUCUUUAGGAAGGAAUCAUGCUGCCUUAAUCACCAAACGAGGGGAAGUUUUCUGCUGGGGUGAGGGAAGUCAGGGAAAGCUUGGGCAUAAAGUUCACAUGGAUGUGAGCUCUCCAAAAAUUGUUGAAUCCUUAGAUGGUGUCCUUGUGAACUCUGUUGCAUGUGGUGAAUAUCAAACUUGUGCUUUGGCAGAUUCUGGUGAACUGUAUAUCUGGGGUGAGAAUAAAUGUGGUGCUAAUUUGGUGCGCGAGGAGAGAACUAGAAGCCAGUGGUUACCACGUCGAAUUUCAGGUCCUUGGGCUGGUGUCAGUAUACUGAAUGUUGCUUGUGGGGACUGGCAUACUGCGAUUGUGUCCUCAUUGGGGCAGUUAUUUACAUACGGGGAUGGAACUUUUGGCGUUCUUGGUCAUGGGAAUCUUCAAAGUGUUUCUCAACCCAAAGAAGUUGAAUCUCUUAAAGGUUUGUGGGUAAAAUCUGUUGCAUGUGGAUCAUGGCACACUGCUGCUAUUGUGGACAUCAUUGUUGACCGGUUCAAAUUUAAUGGUGUUGGUGGGAAAUUAUUUACAUGGGGAGAUGGUGAUAGAGGGAGGCUUGGGCAUGCUGAUCUGGAGAAAAAGCUUCAACCAACAUGUGUCGCACAGCUUGUGGAACUUGAUUUCGUUCAAGUUUCUUGUGGAAGAAUGCUGACGGUUGCUCUUACCAAGACAGGAAAGGUCUAUACAAUGGGAAGCUCAGUGCAUGGACAGUUGGGGAAUCCACAGGCCAAGGAUAAAUCAAUUGCAAUUGUUGAAGGAAAGCUUAAAGAGGAGUUUGUUAAGGAGAUAUCAUCAGGGUCAUACCAUGUUGCUGCCUUGACAUCAGGGGGAGUGCAGGUUCAAAGUAUAGCUUGUGGGUCAAAUUUAACUGCUGUGAUCUGCUUGCACAAAUCCAUCUCUGUUAGCGAUCAAUCAGCUUGUAAGGGCUGUAGAAUGCCCUUUGGAUUUACAAGGAAGAAGCAUAACUGUUAUAAUUGUGGCCUUCUGUUCUGCCGAGCAUGUAGUAGCAAGAAGCUCAUGAAUGCAUCUUUGGCACCUAAUAAAAGCAAGGCAUCUAGAGUCUGUGAUUCAUGUUUUAACAUUCUGCAAAAUAUUACUCGUCCGGGUGGAGUGUCAAACCCAGAAAAUUUUGGUUCCAGGAAGCUGCUGUCCCAACAGAAGGCAUUAUCUGAUGAAAAAGAAGAAAGGGGCGGAGCAACCCCACCAGGGCAUCGUCUACAGUUAAUGAGUCAGCCAUCUCUGGAAAGCCAACCUGGUGAAAGGAAGACCCUGAGAAACCAAGGGGAAAAUCAGCAGCAUUUAGAAACCGUCUCUUCUAUUUCAGCUGGAUUGCCACGAUGGGGACAAGUUUCAUGUCCUGCUCUAUUUGAAUCAUGCUACAGAAAGAAUUCUGUACAUCCUCUGGAAUCAAUAUCUUCCGUUUCCAGUUCUUUGAACCUGGAAGAAGAUAUGCAUGAGGCAAACCAUAUGCUUGCUGAAGAAGUCAAGAGACUAAGAGCACAGGCAAGGAGCCUCGAAAUGCAAUGUCAAACUGGAAGCCAGAAGAUUCAAGAAUGUCAACAAACAAUAGAAAAAACUUGGUUACUGGCUAGGGAGGAAGCAGCUAAGCGUAAAGCAGCAAAUGAGAUUAUAAAAGCUUUGCUUCAUGCAAUGUCCGAUAAAGUUUCUGUUCGUAAAGAAGCAAAAGAUGGAGUGGAUCCGUAUCAGCCUCAGACUAGACCUGACUAUACAGAUACCCCCACUGUGUUUUCUUCAACUCAUUCACCUCUUGAAGUUAGAUUGCCAAAAGACUGCAAAAUAGAUAGUUUAUCUGGCUCUCCUAUUGUGUUUUCCAAUUCAUUAAAGUCCUUGGAUGGUAGAGAGUUGUGCCAUGAAAAUAGCAGAACAGGGGAAGAUUUAUAUGACUCGACAACAGAUCCUCGACGAAAGGGAACCAAAGCAUCAAAGCUUGAAUGGGUAGAACAAUACGAACCAGGUGUAUACAUUACAUUUACGAUUUUGCCAGGUGGACAAAAGGGUCUAAAGCGAGUCAGGUUUAGCCGUAAACGUUUUGCUGAGAAAGAAGCAGAACGAUGGUGGGAGGAGAAUCAAAUUAUAGUAUACCAGCAUUACGACAUUGAAGAAAACAAGUUAAAGAAGAUGGAAGUAAAUGAAAAAGAUGAACAUGAUGAGUAA